AUGGAUGAGCCCCAGGCAAGUUCAUCCACAGCCAACAAAGACUCCAACACGAUGAUACCUCAAUCAGAACAAGAAGAAUUGCAUUUGGUCACCAUGAGUACGCCAAAUGGAAAGAAAGUUCAAAUAGCAUUGGAAGAGCUUAAGUCAAUAUAUGGUAUUUCAUUUUCCUAUGAUAUGAUCGAUAUCAGAACCAACCAACAAAAGUCGGAAGAAUUCUUGAAAAUAAAUCCAAACGGUCGAAUUCCCGUCUUGAUUGAUAACAAGCGCAAUGCGCUCAACAACCCAUCUGCGCCAUUUACAGUCAUGGAAAGUGCCGCCAUACUGCUGUACCUGGCCAAGAAAGUCGAUAAAGAUCACGUCUUUGGUUUCGAAAACGAACUUGAAUCCUCUGAGGCGCUGCAGUGGCUUUUCUUUGGGAUGGCCGGUGUUGGUCCAAUGCAGGGACAAUUAAACCAUUUCACCCGCUACGCGCCCGAGAAACUCCCGUACGCCAUGAAACGAUAUCACGAUGAAACGCUCAGAUUAUAUGGCGUCUUAGAGAUACAAUUGAGUGGCAAAUACACCGGUAUCAGAAAGAAAUAUUUAGCCGGGAGUGGGGAAGGGAAGUACUCCUGGGCUGACAUGGCCAUUUGGCCAUGGGUUGACAUUUAUACGAUAUCAGGAAUUACCGAAGACGAAUUGAACCAAUUCCCGUGCUUGAAAGAGUGGCUCAAAACGAUUGCCGAGAGACCUGCAGUGAAAGAAGGCUGCUCAAACAAGUACGAGUUGAAAUAA